GACGCGAAGUAACAUACGCCUUAAACCAAACGAAAAAAUAUCUCUUAAUCACGCGAAUUUCAUUUUACUUUUGAUUUAACCGGAGCGGUAAUCGGAGCUUACUUCCGGCCUUUGCAAUUGCGUCUCGGCUUCAAUGGCUUCGGUUCCACUUUCCUCUCUGUGCUUGCCUCAAGGGAAAUUGUCUUCUCUCGGUUUCAGCUAUCGAAUUUCUGAUCAUUUGAGGUUUGCUUCGGCUUCUAUUGGAUUUAGCUCCAUCAAGAAGAAUCGAGGAUUUAGGGUUUCUGUUUGUAGAGCAGCUGCUGUUGUGUUUCGUGAUCUUGAUGCUGAUGAUUUUAGGCAUCCUCUUGAUAAACAGAACACGCUGCUCUUGAGGGCAAUUCCAGGAUUAAAUGAAAUAGGGAAGGCUCUUUUAGGAGCUAUGACAGAGCAAAUCAUGCUCCUUGAGAAUAUUGGGACGUCAGUCCUUGUGUCUAAAAAUCAGCUUAGUGAACUUCACCAGCUGAUGACUGAGGCUGCAGAAAUACUGAACCUUGAGGCUCCUGAUCUAUAUGUACGUCAGAGUCCUGUACCAAAUGCAUAUACUUUAGCAAUUAGUGGGAAGAAGCCCUUUGUUGUUAUCCAUACCAGUAUAGUGGAGCUUUUGACAAGAAAGGAGUUGCAGGCUGUUUUGGCCCAUGAGCUGGGUCAUUUGAAAUGUGAUCAUGGAGUAUGGCUGACAUUUGCUAAUAUUCUUACCCUUGGAGCCUAUAACGUACCUGGACUUGGCAGGUUGAUAGCUCAGAGCUUGGAAGAACAAUUAUUUGGUUGGCUCCGAGCAGCAGAGCUGACUUGUGAUCGUGCAGCUCUUCUUGUUGCCCAGGACCCUAAGGUGGUCAUCUCUGUUUUGAUGAAGUUGGCUGGGGGAAGCCCAUCAGUUGCUGAUCAACUAAAUGUGGAUGCAUUCUUGGAACAAGCUCGUUCCUAUGACAGAGCUUCUUCAAGUCCAGUGGGGUGGUACAUAAGAAAUGCUCAAACGAGGCAACUUUCACAUCCUCUGCCUGUUCUACGUGCUCGUGAAAUUGAUGAAUGGUCAAGAAGUCAAGAAUAUAAAAGUCUUCUAAAACGUGCAAUGAAGAUGAAUGCUGUACAGAAUUUUUAGCGUAGCCAUGGAGAUAGUUCAAGUCGAAACAUUUGGAUCACCUACUCAAAUGCUUUACUGAACAGAAUGAGGAUCCAUUAAAAUAUCUGGAUCUGCCAAAACAUAUUGAUUCAUCUAAGUGCUAUAAAAAGAUAAUGACGGAGUCAUAUGUUGGAUUAUUGUAAAUCAAUCUUGCCCACGUAUAAAAGAAAGAUCAGAAAGAUCGUCAUAGUUUAUUUUCUUGUACAAUGAGAUUGAAGUGUUUGAUUCUUGUUCAGCACAUAGCAUAAUGUAUAAUAAUUAUAUUGAUAUAGUUGGAGAAGAAAAAAAAAAGAAGUUGUUGCUCUA